AUGGCUGGUGGCAGCAGCAAGAAGCAGAGCAAGAAGCAAAGCAAGCACAGCAAGGGUGACAGCGUGCAGCUCAAGUUUGUGGAUACGUCCACCAAGUUUGGCCACGCACGCUUCCAGCAGCAGCAGCAGCAGCAGCAGGGCGAUGCUGUUGUGAUUGGCGAAGAGUCGUGCGUUUCGCCGGCUCUUGCUACGCUCAAGAGCUCCUGCAAGUGGCAGAUUGGUCUGUUGGUUGGCGCCACUGUUGGGAACCGAACAUAUGUGCUGAGACUUGCACCAACGCCCAUGGAGAACACAGAAGACAACGACGACGACGACGACGACGACGACGGCGGCGACGAUGUGUGGACGCUGGCAGACGAGGACGCCAUUCGGCAGCACCUGGACGCAACAGAUGAGGAGUGGGUUCAGGAGCAUCACCAUCAAGUGAGCAAGUGCUUGCCAGGCGGCUUGAGCAUCGUCGGUGCAUAUGCGUUUGGACAGCCGCGCGCUCUGUUGGUGGACAAGCUCAAGUCCAUGACAAACGUGGACGUUGCGCUGUUCAUCCCCGCCGACACGGUGGAGGUCGAGUGCUGGCGCACGGCGACAGGCGAGAAGCUGAAGUGGAAGGUGCAGAAUACGUUGCCCAAGUGGGCGCUGAUCCGGUCAUCGUUCCAGCUCGACCUCCACUUUCCGCUCAAGCGGUCGAAGAAAGGCUUCAUGUCUUCGCUUCGCACCGCCGUCGCAAAACAGGCACAGCGCGUGCAAUCGAGCUUGUUCACCAUCAAUGGUCGGCUCAUAUCCGACACUGACACCGCCCCACUGCCGACCACCACGGGGCCACCAGCGCUCACCAACGCAGUCACGGCCACUGCACACUCGCUGUGCAGCGAUGAUCUCACGGCCAAGCGGGCGCCCAAGAGCAGCGCAACCACGCACCUCGCACACAUCACCGGCACUCUCGCUGUCCUCGCGUACGCCCCGCCCAAGUGCAGCAGUGGCGCUGUUGCGAUGGCGCUGCGCCACGAUAUUGCCCAGUCGCUCGCAGCCCGAAUCGACACCAUCGAGGACAUACUCAACGAUGAUGAUGGUGGUGCUGACGCUGUGCAGUCGAUUCCACUCCCGGCCCGCGUGGCGUUUGAUGUUGACGGUGUUGUGUUCACGUGGCACGCAUUCGCCGACGAGUCACAGCAGGACAUGCGUUCAAUGUUGUCGAACGUGAUUGGUGCUGUGGACUCCACACACGCACCGCAGGCCCUCGAGCAACACGCAGCACAACCAGCAUCAGCUUCAGCUUCAGCAUCAGCGUCAACAUCAACAUCAACGUCAACAUCAGCAUCGCAGACAACAUCAUCACAGGCGGCAGCGUCAGCGGAUGCGAGCAAGGCGGGCCAUGCACGCCAGCGCGAUGUUGCUGAGCACAGCGGUGGCAGUGGCGGGUCGAUGGUGGUGGUGGUGGCUGGGAUCGUGGUGGCGGUGGUGGCGGCACUGGUGGGCUGGUUUGUGGCCGUCGCAGAGUAGUAGUACACACGUUCAACAA